UUCCCGCCUCUUCCUUCCUAUUUCCGGCCUUUUCUUGCCUACGGUCCCUGGGGCUUCGUCCCUUAUAGUCUUCGCCCAACGUGGUGAUUUCAGAUAUGAUGGAUCUGCUUUUCAGAAUAAGAGGAGGCCUUGAUCUAGCAUUUCAGCUAGCUUCUACUGAUGAUAUUUCUACAAAAAAGGCAUUGAAAUAUGUAUUGAGUGACCUUUCAACCAAACUUUCAUCAAAUGCCCUCGUGUUCAAAAUUUGCCACAGUUCAGUGUACUUGUGGCCUAACAGCAACAUGAACACAGUUCCAGCAGAACUGACUGACGAUUCCGCUUGUAAGGAAAUACUGCGCUUUAUCCAAUUUGACCAAGAAGAGGAUACGAAGCGAAAAUUCACCAAAAAGAAAGAUAGGAAAUUACAAGGACAGGUUCAGAUAAUAAAUGUAGAUCUCAUGCUGGAAAGGUCAACUGCUCUAGCUGCUGUAGCACCCAUCAUUGAAAGAGAAAGUGGGGGUCACCACUAUGUUAACAUGACUUUGCCAGUUGAUGCGGUUACAUCUGCAAAUCCGGAAGAAUCAUGGGGAAUAGUUCGAAGUCAUCUAGUAAAUUCAAUUCACAAUCAACUAACUGAUAUGGAGAAAUGCAUUUUGAAAUACAUGAAAGGAACAUCUAUAGUAGUCCCUGAACCACUACACUUUUUGUUACCAGGAGAGAAAAAUCUUGUGACGAUUUCCUAUCCAUCAGGAGUUCCAGAUGGUCAGCUACAAUCUUAUAGAAAGGAAUUGCAUGACUUGUACCACUUACCUCAUGAUAGACCUUACUUCAGAAGAGCUAAUGCCUAUCACUUUCCAGAUGAACCAUAUAAAGAUGGAUAUGUCAGGAAUCCACAUAGUCAUCUAAAUCCACUGGGAGCAGAGUCCGGUAUGAUUUCCAUAGUCCAGGGCGUAUAUGCUUAUCAUCAUUACAUGCAGGAUCAGAUAGAUGACAGCGGCUGGGGCUGUGCUUAUCGGUCUCUCCAAACUGUUUGCUCUUGGUUCAGACAUCAGGGGUACACCGACAGGUCCAUUCCAACCCACCAGGAGAUUCAGCAGGCUCUUGUUGAUGUGGGAGACAAACCAGCAACAUUUGUAGGGUCACGAGAAUGGAUUGGUUCUAUUGAGGUACAGCUAGUUCUGAACCAUUUGAUGGGGAUAACUUCAAAAAUUCUGUUUGUGAGCCAAGGUUCUGAUUUACCUUCUCAAGGAAGGGAACUUGCCAAUCAUUUCCAGAGUGAAGGAACUCCAGUAAUGAUCGGUGGAGGGAUCUUGGCUCAUACAAUACUAGGAGUGGCAUGGAAUGAGAUGUCGGGGCAGGUAAAAUUCCUGAUUCUAGAUCCUCAUUACACAGGACCAGAGGACCUGAAAGUCAUUUUAGAAAAGGGUUUGUGUGGAUGGAAAGGUCCAGAUUUUUGGAAAAAGGAUGCCUACUAUAAUCUCUGCCUUCCUCAGAGACCAAAGACUAUUUGAAGAAUCUGAGUAGUACCAAUAUUUAUAACAGUGUAGGGUGCGUGACAGUUACAUAAAAAUAAAGCACAAACUUCAUAUAAAAACAUAGGGAAGACAUGUAUAUAGUAGCUAUUUCAAAUGUAGCCAUUUAGUUAGAACAUCAGUCUCACAAAUUAUGUGCAAGUUACUCUGGUUAACAAUAGUGUGUCAAUGCUACAAUAAUUGAAGAAUGAUUAAAACUGAUUUUUCUUCAUUAUCGUUGGAGUAUUUAGAAAGGGUUUAAAAAAAACACCCCCCCAAUACCUGUAUUUAGUUUAAGUUAAAGAUAUAAAGUAGGAACACAUACAACCAAAUGCAGCAUACCAAAACUAUGUGAAUACAUGUAUUCUUAAAAAUGAUCUUCACUCAGAAGAAAGUUUUAAUAUCUCUUGCUCCUUCUUAGAAGAAGAUGAGAACAUUUUAUAGAUCACUCUGGUAGCUUGUGACCCAGAAAAAGAUCAUCAGUCUGAAGGUCUGCUCCAAACUUCUUUUCAGUCAGCUUCCAACUCUAACACAAAUGACCUAUUUAAAAAAAAAGAAGCAGCAAAAGCUAUUUCCUUUGUGACAUGUUCCACUGGCACCUUUACAGUGAGGACAAUAUUGAAUGCUACAAGUACAUAAUUAGUUUGUGUGAUAUAUAACAAACCACUACACAAUUCUAAAUAUGUCUGGAUAACUAUUUACAAAUACUUUUUGAUUUUGUUUCCUCUGCAAAUCAUUACUAAUUUGUAAUUAAGAAAAAUACUCUAAGACUAAUUAAACUUAGGUACCUAUUACCCUUAACAGCCACUAGUUACAAUCAGAAUCUAAAUACAGUCAAUCCUCAACGAUCCUAGAAAAUGGCAUGAUAGUCAAAAACAAGAAUGUUGAUACAUUGAGCCUAUGGGAAAUAAGGUGAGAUUCCCUUGAAUACAAAAACUGUAAUCUUUUGUUAGAGAUUGCUGAAAAUACACUUUUCUGCAUACAGUUCUUUAUUUUAAAAAAUUAAUUCUGGUAUUACACACUUUUCCUAACACAGUAACCAUGAAAUAACCCAUAAAAUGCAGGGGAGAGGAGAGCCAGCGAGAGCCAGCAAUGUUAGAAGAAUCUGAAGGCUUUAAAAAAAAAAAAGGAGAGGGAGAGGGACAACACCUGCGAUCUCUAAUCUCCCUUUCAGGGAGUUUGUUGAACUUUUCAUUCCUCAUGAAGAGCACAUGCCUGGGUGAGUCUUGGCAGGGACAUCAGGCCCAGCACUGCUGAGAGGGUGGGGCUGAAAAACAUCUUAUUUAACCACAAACUUAACCACUUCAGGAACAGUUUUGCAAAUACUUUCCUCCUUUAGCAGAUAUACAAACUUAUGCAUCACAGUUGCCAACUUGAAAGUAAAAAUGAGGUUAUCAUCAUGAGAAUGCUUGAAGUUUGAAAAGUAUUCUAAACUGAAGACAGAUUGAGCCUUGCUGAAUUAUUAAAUAUGAGUAAGAUUUUACUAUUA